AUGCCUGUCCGUAUUGCGGAGACUGCAGAGGAGCUACGUGCCAACGUUCACAUUCAUUAUGAAACGACAAAGUUGGAGUUUCCAUUCAACAAUUUCCGGAAUUGGAGAAAGCUGGCUCGUUCGACAGCAUAUAUUUUUCGGUUUAUCAGAAACACCCGUCCCAAGGAAUUCUCUCGAAUGGAUGGUGGUCUGACAAUGGAAGAAAUCCAACAUGCAGAGAACUUCCAUAUUCGCACCACCCAGCAAGAUACGUUUCAGGAGGAGAUAUCAAUUCUUCGUCGCAAAGGAAACGACGCUGCGCUUCCCAAACGAAGCCCUUUGUUCAAAUUGGUUCCCUUCCUUGACGAUCAAGGAAUACUACGCAUGAAAGGCAGGACAGGAGCAUGCAAGUACGUUUCACCGGACGCAGUCAAUCCCAUCAUCCUUCCGCGUGAUCACCCGAUAACGCACAUUAUCAUACGGACUUACCACGAUAAAUUUCACCACCACAACCACGAAUCUGUGAUCAACGAGGUUCGUCAAAAGUUCUGCGUUGCACGGCUCCGUCAGAUGUAUGCCAAAGUUAGAUCCGAUUGCCCGCGGUGCAAAUUGAGGGACGCUCGUCCUAACCCUCCAGCAAUGGCAGAUCUCCCUGCAUGCCGAGUAGCCGCGUACAGCUGUCCGUUCACGCACACCGGCAUAGAUUAUUUUGGUCCAAUGGAAGUAUCUGUAGCUAGCUCUUUAACCACUAACUCAUGCAUUAUGGCGAUACGCAAUUUCAUUGCCCGUCGUGGAACUCCAGCUGCAUUUUAUAGCGACAGAGGCACCAACUUCAUCGGCUCUGAACGUGAGCUAAAGCAGGCCCUAAAGACCAUCAACCAGAACAAGCUGGCACAAGAGUUUUCCGUUAAGCGAACAUUGUAUGAAGUUAAGCCAUCAUCAAGGCCGACCGACGAGGAACUGAAGAACGCGUUGAUAGAAGUUGAAGCCAUCCUAAAUGCACGACCACUUACUCAUGUUCCGCUCGAAGAUGAAGCAGCUCCUGUACUCACUCCAAAUCACUGGCUGUUGGGGUCAUCCAAUGGAUUGAAAGCAUGGUCUCUAUUGAACAGCAACUCUAUCGCAUUAAGACGUGGUUGGCAUCAAUCACAAGCCUUUGUUAACCACUUCUGGAAGAGAUGGAUUCGGGAGUAUCUACCGGACCUAACGAGGCGCAGCAAAUGGUUUCAGAAAGUCGCACCCAUCAAGGAAGGAGAUAUAGUUCUGAUCGUUGAUCCGGAACAUCCAAGAAAUUGCUGGCCAAAAGGACGGAUCAUUGGAACGGUUGACCGAGACAGUCAGGUACGUAAGGUUACCAUUCGAACCGCGAAGGGCGUGUACGAGAGGGCAGCUGUAAACGUAGCGGUUCUUGAUGUCCGAGGCAAGAAGUUAGCAGACUCAGAGGCGGAGUCAGCAAACUAA